AUGGGCAAGAAGAGAAAGUCGUCCGGCCGCAACGCCGAUUCCAAAGGUCCAAGAGACUUCGAUCCCAAAGAUGCCCGCCUCGGUCCCAUUAGCACAUACGAAGAUGUCGCCAAUUCUGAAGACGAACACUUUCUCAACCAAGACACUAUAAUGCUCGAUGAUGAGCCUGGCAGCAAGCGUCGCCUCAACGACGACGACAUGGAGCUGUCGGACGAAGAGAUUCUUGGCUAUGAAGACACGGAUUCAGAGGCCGAAUCAGACGAUGGCGCUCCUGUCUCGGGAAAGAAGGCUGCGUCAGCCUCGACGAAAAAGGCCGCCGGCGACGAGGACGACGAAGAGGAAGGCGAAGACGAAGAUGGUGGCUGGUGGGGUUCCUCCAAGAAAGAAUACUACGACGCCGACAAGAUCGAGACGGAAGCCGACGCUCAAGAAGAAGAGGCCGAAGCGAAGCGCAUUCAAAAGAAGAAGCUAGCCAAGAUGCAGGAGGAAGAUUUCGUUUUUGACGGUGAUGAGUGGCUUGCUGCUGACGGCGAUGCGGAAGACGGUGGCGACACUGUCACCGAAGUUCUCAAGGAGGUCGAAAUUACAGACGACAUGACACCGAAAGACCGGUACCAGCUGCUUGUCACAAGAUACCCUGAAUUUGAGUACCUAGUCACCGAAUUCCAGGCCCUGCAACCAACACUUGUGGAGCUUAAGGCAGCUGCCAAGUCGGCAGCCCCCCAGUCCCUCGAGUCCGUCAAAUACUGGGUUCUUGGAUGCUACAUCGCUGCUCUGGCGAGCUACUUUGCUAUCCUAGCAGCACCAGCGAGAGACACCGGAAAGGCCCAGAAGCCAGCCGACCCGUCUGAACUGCGCGACCACGAAGUCAUGGAGACACUCGUUCAGUGCCGCAGUGCCUGGGAAAAGGUCAAAAAUUUGCAGUCUCUGCAAGAGGCCGCGGAUGAUGAAGAUGAGAACAUGGACGACGCCUCCCCAGGCGAAGAAGUUGCUGUUGAGAAGCGCAGCAGGAAGAAGACAGCCAAGGACAAGGCCGACGCAGCAAAGAAGAAGGCCAAACUGGCGAAAGCAAAGGAGAUUGAAGCAUCUGUUGCUGAUCUGUACAACCUACCUCUAUCCAAUGGCACGCUGAAGAAGAGAUCAAGGACAGUUGCCGCGCCCGCGGAUGACGACAACUCCGACUUUGGCGAGGAAGACGCCCUCGACGCUCGAACCGCCGCCGACAAGGCUGCCCGCAAGAAGACUCUCAAGUUCUACACAUCCCAGAUUGCCCAAAAGGCGAACCGCAGAGCUGACGCUGGACGUGACGCUGGCGGCGACAUGGACAUUCCGCACCGUGAGCGCCUCCGCGACCGCCAGGCCCGCCUGCUUGCCGCCGCCGAGAAGCGUGGCAAGCGCGACUCCAAGCACGGCGCCGAUCUGGGCGACGACAGCGGCGACGAGGACGAUGCCGCCGCCGCCAAGGCCGUCCGCGGCGAGGAGGACGACUACUACGACAUGGUCGCGCACAAGGCCAAGGACAAGAAGGAGGACAAGGCGGCGCGCUACGCGGCCUACGCAGCCGCCAGCAAGGCCGACCGCGUGGUCGAGGUCGAGCAGGUGGGCGCCGACGGCAAGCGCAAGAUCAACUACCAGAUCGAGAAGAACAAGGGCCUGACGCCCAAGCGCAGCAAGGAUGUGCGCAACCCCAGGGUCAAGAAGAGGAAGCAGUACGAGGCCAAGCAGAAGAAGCUCAAGAGCAUGAAGCCGGUCUGGCAGGGCGGCGAGCCCAAGGGCGGCUACAAGGGAGAACAGUCGGGUAUCAAUGUGGGAGUUGUCAAGAGUACAAGAUUAUAA